CCUUUUCCCUCUCUGUCAUUAAUCGCCGAGUCUGUGGCGCAUACGAAAGCUCAUGAGCAACGAAAACGCGUGUGCCGUGGUGCCGAUCGGCUGUGUAAAAUCUGCAGAGAAAGUAGUGGUUUGGUUAGUGCUUUUACUAGGGUGUAAAGUGUAACACAGGGUUAAAUUCGGGACACACCCCAUAUACACUCAGUGCUUCACUUGAACGCGAUCUGCGAUGAGCGACAUUCACGUUCCAAUCUAGCGUGCGUUGCCGUCUUCGAUGUGAGGGUGAAACAAUACAAUUUGACAGUUCCCGGAAAGUGUAUGAGACUUUAAAAAAGUGAUAAAAACCCUUUAGGUUUUGAAUUUUAUCACUUUUAGAUUAAAGAUUAAUGGAAACGGGUCGUUCUAGGCCCGAACUGCCGGGUAUAACAAGUAUUCAAACUGGAACUAAUGGAAUUAGAAAAUAUAGUUGCAAAUACCGUUUAUUUAAAAGCAAGAGAGGGUGGUUCCGAUAGUAACAAGGGAAAAAGCAAAAAGUGGAGGAAAAUAUUGCAGUUUCCACAUAUCUCACAGUGUAUUGACCUUAUCAACAAAAUAGGUAUAGACUCAUAUUCUUCUGGUAUAGAUGUUCGUUACGAAUACGUUGUAGAUCAACAACCAAUAGGAAAGCUUCUAUUCGAUCAGUUCUGCGAGCAAAAAGGUCCCGCCUACCACCGUUGCCUCCGAUUUUUAGAUGCCGCCAAACGCUAUGAGGUCGAAACCGAUGAACAGCGCCUCGAACUGGCCAAAGUUAUCAAAAAGGAGUUCAUGGUCGAGCAGGAGGGGCAGGAGAGCAUAUCCUUGCCAGAGUUGGGGGUAAUUUUUCCAACUAGCGACAAACUUACCAACGGUCAUAAGGACUUGUUCGCCCCAUGCGUCCAAGCUAUCAAAGAAACUCUCGCCGGGGAACCGUUUCGGGAAUUUACAGCAUCCAUGUACUUUCAUCGGUACUUACAAUGGAAAUGGCUGGAGUCGCAGUCAGUUACUUACAAAACCUUUCGGAUGUACAGGGUACUCGGGAAAGGCGGCUUCGGAGAAGUCUGCGCCUGUCAGGUUAGAGCAACGGGCAAGAUGUAUGCAUGCAAAAAAUUGGAAAAGAAACGGAUAAAGAAGCGAAAAGGGGAAGCUAUGGUACUCAUAGAAAAACAGAUUUUACAAAAGAUUAAUUCCCGGUUUGUUGUCAGUUUGGCUUACGCCUACGAAACUAAAGACGCUUUAUGCCUUGUCUUAACUAUAAUGAAUGGUGGAGAUUUGAAAUUUCAUAUUUACAACAUGGGUGGUGAUCCAGGAUUGGACAUAACGAGGGCGAGGUUUUAUGCUGCGGAAGUUGUGUGCGGCUUGGAUCAUCUUCACCAACAGGGCAUUGUAUAUAGAGACUGUAAACCAGAGAAUAUACUUCUAGAUGACGCAGGUCACGUGAGGAUCUCAGAUUUAGGCUUAGCUGUAGAUAUUCCCGAAGGAGAAUCUGUUAGGGGUAGAGUUGGAACCGUAGGCUAUAUGGCUCCAGAAGUAAUAGACAAUGAAAGAUAUACUUUCAGUCCGGAUUGGUUCAGCUUCGGUUGCCUUCUGUACGAGAUGAUCGAAGGGCAGGCUCCCUUCAGAGCUCGGAAAGAAAAAGUAAAACGCGAAGAGGUCGAUAGAAGAGUAAAAUGUGAUCAGGAAAAAUACUCAAACAAAUUCAGUGAAGAUGCCAAAUCCCUGUGCCAACAAUUAUUAGCGAAGAGUCCCCAACAGAGAUUAGGGGGCAAGGCUGGUCGAUCUGGAGCCAGUGUAGUCAAACAACAUCAAUUUUUCCAUCCGCAUAUUAAUUGGAGGCGGUUAGAAGCUGGUAUGAUAGAUCCCCCAUUCGUCCCAGAUCCCCAUGCAGUGUACGCGAAGGACGUGUUAGAUAUUGAACAAUUUUCAACAGUGAAAGGUGUAAAUAUAGACGAAAGUGACGCUAGUUUUUAUAAUAAAUUUAGUACGGGUUGUGUUUCGAUACCGUGGCAGACUGAGAUGAUCGAAACCGACUGUUUCCGUCAGUUAAAUGUCUUCGGACCAAAUAGUACAAGAACGCCUGAUCUAGUACUCCAACCGACGACUGUUUCAGAAAAUGAAGGCUGUUUUCCAUUUAGACGGAAGAAAAAACAACUUCCUAGAACUCGGCCCAUACCUAUCAACCCUACAUUGUUACCCCAAGUGGCGGAAAGAUGAUGGACCGAAAAAUAAAAAUUGGCGAGAGUAUAUUACCCUCUCUGUAUCUUUCUCUCUUUAUGUCUCGUACCUUCCUUCAACCCCAUCAAUGCUCCCUUCGAAGUUCAUGAUUGACAGGAAGAAAGUGUUUGUUAGAAAAAAAAUGGUUAUUUGGACUUUUCAGAUAUGUAAUUUAGUCUGUUUGGGGGUGUUAUUUGGUGCUAAUUUACGCGAAGUAUAAUAUUAGAAAAUCGUUUUGUGAAUAAUACUUACAAGAAGAUCAAUAUAAAAGUAAAAAAGUAAAAAGUUGACCCUAUAUUUAAAAUAAAACAUAUUAUUUUGUCUUUAUUUGUGAUUGUGCAUAUUAUGUGAACUUUCACACAAUUACAAAAUUUUUACAUGA